GUAGUACUUACUAGGUACCAGGUAGGUGUCUGGAAAAUAAAUAAGCAGCCCUCACAGGUUCCUGCCGCAACUGCAUAGAUAUUCCUUCCUUCAUCCUGGUCUACUGCCUGCCUCCUAGCAACGCGACACGCUCUAAACCUAUACUUAUUCUACAUUCUGCAGUCUUGACCCCCUUUACCCUUUUGCCCUUUUCCCGUUUUCUCCUCUUCCUGUUCAUUCACAUCUCUUUCAUUCCUGACACCUUUUUCCCUUUCUUUCUUUCUUUUUUUUUUUAAAAAAAAAAAAAAAGAAAUCUACGCACAGCGCAAUAAUUAUUGCACUCUACCCUGGUUGCUUACCUACUUCUUGAUAUAAAAACCCGCAUCGCGCAAACGCGCUUGAGCUAAACACGACCAUAAACAUGGCGCUGGCAGCUGUAUACAAGCAGUUUCUUGCUGCGCCGACUUCCACCCAGCUAGCUGAUGGGGCUACCCUCAACUACAUUACCACCACCACCAGCUUUAAAGGCUCUGACCAAAUAGACAAGCACUUUACUACUUCGGCCAAACAGCUCAAGAAAACAAAGCAAGAAUUUCUCUCUGUCGUCGAGGGCCAGAAUGUCAUCGCGGCUGAAGUUGAUACUGUUCUCGAGUUUGCCACCGGCGGUGGAGCUUACCUACCUGGUCUUGACGACAACUUCGUAGCCGACCGCACUGUCUAUCUUCCAAUUAUUCAUAUUGUCACCUUUGAUAAUGAUGGCAAGAUACAGCAGAUUCGCCAGGCCUGGGACCAAGGUUCUCUACUAAAACAGCUCGACGUCAUCGGGAAAUCCGGCCGCAAUUGGCCCAUCCGCGAUAGUACUGAACAGAUCAAACUGAUUGAAACCUCUGUGAAGUCCGGAAAUUCCGGCCCUCAUCAGCACCCUGACGACUUCGCUGUUCGUUCCCGCGGCAACUCUACCAAUGUCCUCAGAGAUCCACAUGCCUCACUCGCAUUGUUCGCGCCUCGCGAGGAAUCCGACGAAAGUAUAGCUGCCGUAAUCUCUCCUAGGGGUGGGGCCCGACCGCGACAGCGUGACUUCACCGAGAUAUUAGGUGAUGAGCCAGUCGAAAGCCCUAGUCGGGGACGAUCGGAGUCGCCAAGCAAGGCAAUCGCCCCUAAAGCCGGCACCGAUAAGAAAUUCCAACCGAGUCGUUUGUUCGAGGACGAGGAUGUUGUGGAGGAGAGCAACUUGCCAGACGCGGUUGCGUCCCCCAGUCGCUUUAUUCGACCCAACCCCAAGAAGUAUAGUCACUUCGACUUUGCUGACGAUCCCGAAGAGUUCCCGCAAGCAAUAGAUCCAAAUCCCAAAACAAAGCAUUCGAGCCAAUGGUGCUUUGACGAUUUCAAUACCCCACACAAGGCGAAGCCAUCCAAGGUCUUACAAAAGCAAAACGUGCGCCAUUGGGGAAAUGAUGACGACCAAGUACAGGAAAGUCCCGUGCGCAAGGUUGCACCUGUCAAGCCCCGUCGUGACGCUGAGACGCACUUUGAAUUUGUGGAUGACGGCACCCCUACUGGAGAGGCUCGUGCUGCGCGUCCCCGCGGUGCUACGCAUAACAAUGGAUUAGGGCUGUACAAGAACAAUUUAUACAGCGAGGAUGGAAGUGAAGCAGUUAAUGGCGAAGAACCCCGAGCGCUUGGGGCCAUUACGAACUUGAAGGACCGUGGCCGAGAUUUUGAGGCCCAUUGGCAGAUGACCGAUUCUCCUGGCCAGCCCUCGCCUAAACCCCCUGUAGGGGAAGAUCGAAAAAAGGUCAUGAAGAUGAUGGAUGCUAGCUGGUCGAACUUCGACCAAUCUUCCGGGCAAAAAGAGAAUAAACCUAUUCCGCAACGCUCCGGUACCAAUGGCGAACGAGGAAUCCACAUCGGCGGUGACGGAAUGGGUGGCGGCAAAGGGACCAACCGCAACUGGUUGUUUGGCGAUGAAGACGAAAGUCAAAAGACCCAACCGGCUCCAAAAAGAAAGCCCACAGCCGCAAACCCGGGAGGCUUCAACUGGGACUUCUAGGCGACCUAGCAUAACCCUGCACAUUAAAGAAAAUGCACACAUUUACUAUUAUGAAUGAACAUGCCUAGAUGUGGCCCAUGAAUCACGAGAGGGAUGCCAGCAGAAUAUAAGUGCUUGUAUGAUGAGGCUCGCAGAUUAUUUCUUGGGCAGAGGGGUAGACGACUUUCGAUGUUCCGUUUGAGUAAAGUUUCUCAUGUGUACUAGCAUGAUGUUGGAGUGUUAAUUGUAACAUUGUGACGGAAUGGCGAUAGGAUGGUUAGACUCUCAUUAGAGACCUGGGGCCUGUCCUUAUUUCCCUUAGUUUCGUGUGUACGA